GUGGGCACUGGUGGGCACAGGUGGGUGGGCACAGGUGGGUGGCACAGGUGUUGGGCACAUGUAGGUGGCACUUCUGGGCACAGGUGGAUGCACUGCUGGGCACAGGUGGGUGAUCUGCUGGGCACAGGGCACAGGGGGGAGCUAGUGGGCGCACUGCUGGGCACAGGUGGGCGGAACUUGCGGGUGGCACUGCUGGGCACCGAUCAUCAGGGCACUGAUCAUCAGUGCCCUGAUGAUCGGUGCCGAUCCCCGCUCUGACAACUGCAGGUUCUCGGCAGUACUUUCCUCACGAUCUGACAGCGUGAGGAAAGUGCAGCCGAGAACCGGCACUUGCAU